UUGAAAAUCAGAAAUGUUAUAGAUGCAGUUUGUUCAGUAGCAGACCUCCUUAUAAAUGGUGUACAUCACUGGCAACACCUGACGAAAUCCACUGAACUACCUAUACAAUAAUUUUACAGCUCUGAAAUCGCGAUAGCAAGACAGAAAGCCGCUAUUAGAAGUUCCAUAAGUUUGUUAGUAAAAACGAGCAAGGGAAGGGGUAUCAAAAACGUUUGUACAAUCAUAAUUCGGCCUUGUACAUCGCGUGUUCCGAGCUCCGACAUCAUCAUCAAUUUAUUCACUUGUUUUCAGCCAUGGCGAGCCGAGUUCCCACAGUAACUUUCAACAACGGAAAAAAGUUCCCGAUUUUCGGUCUGGGAACAUGGAAGUCGAAACCUGGUGAGGUCACUCAGGCUGUCAAAGACGCCAUUGACAUCGGCUACCGCCAUAUCGACUGCGCCCACGUCUAUGGCAACGAGAAAGAGGUCGGUGCAGGCCUAGCUGCAAAAUUCGCUGACGGGACCGUCAAAAGAGAAGACGUGUUCAUCACCAGCAAGCUGUGGAAUACCAUGCACCGUCCCGAUCUGGUAGAACCGGCUCUGAAAGAGACCCUCAAAAAUUUGGGCCUGGCCUACUUGGAUCUGUAUCUGAUACACUGGCCAUUCGCUCUGAAGGAAGAUGGUGCCUUAUUCCCUACAAACCCAGAUGGUACAGUCGCGUACAGUGACGCGGAUUACGUAGACACCUGGAAGGCUAUGGAAGCAGUACAAAAGAAAGGUCUGACCACAUCCAUUGGAGUGUCAAACUUCAACAAGAGGCAACUAGAACGCCUCCUCCAGAACUCCACCAUUCCACCAGUUACCAACCAGAUCGAGGUCCACCCGUACUUGAACCAACAGAGGCUGAUCGACUAUCUGAAGUCCAAGAACAUCGUGGUCACCGCUUACAGUCCUCUGGGUUCCCGUGAUAGGCCGAAUGCCAAGCCUGGAGACGUUGAGCUUCUUGACGAUGCCAAGAUCAGUCAGAUCGCUAAGAAGUACAAUAAGACCCCCGCGCAAGUGGUGUUGAAGUACCAGGUGCAGAGGGGUUGCAUCACCAUCCCCAAGUCUGUUAACAAGUCAAGGAUCCAGCAGAAUUUCGAAAUAUGGGAUUUCACUCUGAGCCAGGAAGAUAUCGAUCUCAUCAACACUUUCGAUUGUAAUGGGAGGACUUGUCCGUAUGAUGAUGCAUUUACUCACAAGGAUCAUCCGUUCGUCAAAGAUGAAUUUUGAAAUGUGCCCGUCAAGUUGGAAGACAAACAAAAUUGUUACUGAAGUUUUAUUAUCAUAUAAUAAUGUACAAAUAUGUGGUUUCAAUCUUUGAAUACAUCGAUUUAC